AUGGCGUCCUUCAAGGAUGAGCUGCCGACCGUCAGUGGCCUCGAGAAGGUCCAUAAGCCAUCUAAACCACAACCAGAACUCCUUACCCCUCCGAGCCAAAGCCUGGAAGCAUUGAAGGAUAUCAUCUUUGGGUCAACAGCAGGAAUGUUGGGAAAAUUCGUGGAAUACCCUUUCGACACAGUCAAAGUUCGGCUACAAUCCCAAUCCCACGAACCUGGCGCUCAACGACUUCGAGGACCACUAGAUGCCUUCUCCGCGGCCUUUCGAUCCCCAGAGGGACCUCUUGUCUCUCUCUACCGAGGACUCAGUGCUCCGUUGGUAGGAGCGGCAAUUGAAACCUCCUCGUUGUUCUUCAGCUACCGAAUUGCCCAGGACAUAGUCGUGGCGGCGACACCCUCUCUGACUGCCCAGCGAAACCCGAACAACGACAAAGUCGAGCUCCCUAUCCCCGCCCUCGUCGGCUGCGGCGCCGCCUCGGGAGCCUUCACAUCUCUUCUCCUCACACCCAUCGAGCUGAUAAAAUGCAAAAUGCAAGUCUCCAGAACCCCAUCCCAUUUGGCCUCUGAACUGGGAUGCACCAACACCAGCCCUCCAGGUCCAAUCGAAUUAAUCCGCACUGUCUUCCGUGCCCAAGGACUCCUAGGCUUCUGGCGCGGCCAACUAGGCACUCUGAUUCGCGAGACCGGCGGCUCAGCGGCCUGGUUCGGCUCCUAUGAAGGCGUCAAGGUACUCUUCCUCAAAACCGACCCAUCUCUUUCCCAAAUCGCAGACGUAAAAGUCUGGCAGCAAAUGUUCGCCGGUGCUGCAGCGGGCAUGUCCUAUAACUUCGUCUUCUACCCGGCCGACACGAUCAAAUCGCGCAUGCAGACCAGCGCCACCGAAGCUGCGGGCAUCAAGAAAUCGAGUUUCCUGUCCACGGGACAUGAAUUGUGGCGUGAACAAGGUCUCAAGGGCUUUUAUCGCGGCUGUGGUAUCACCGUCGUCAGAAGUGCGCCGAGCUCCGCCAUCAUCUUUAGCAUUUACGAAGCGUUGAGGAGGUAUUUUGGCUGA